AUGAAUCUAAACAGUUAUCCCCGAAAUCCCAUUCAAAAAUAUCAUAACAGAUUAGCUACUAUGAGGAACAAACAAAUCCACGUUUUACCACAGUAAUAUCAUUAAAGUUACCUUCUUACCCCCUCAUCUACCCCAAAUUUCCUCCUUAAAACACGUGCUAUUAUGUCAUUUUACAUCUAACUCCUGUCCUUCUUCGUCGGAGUUUGUAGUACAACACUUCCCUUUCUCUCUCUUCACUUCAUUUUCUUCUUUCCAAAAAAAACUAAGUUGAAAAAAAUAAUCCAAAAUGGAACAUCCAUUUUUCAUCAACGGCGCCGGAAACACGCCGAGAGCGGAGGCGUUACGGUGGCUAUCAAUAGCCGAGAAGCUAUUAACUAACCGUGACCUAGUCGGGUCCAAAUCAUUCGCGACCCGAGCACGUGAAUCCGACCCGACCCUUUUACCCGCUGACCAAGUCCUCGCCAUAGUCGAUACCCUAAUCGCCGGCGACAAGCGGAUCAACAACCAGCACCUUGAUUACUACUCCAUUCUCCAAAUCCCUUUAAACCAAACACAUGAUUCUGAGCUCGUAGCUAAUCAGUACCGUCGGCUCGCUCUCCUUUUAAACCCUCAGAAGAAUAGUUUCCCUUUCUCAGAUCAUGCUUUCCGGCUCGUACUUGAUGCUUGGUCUGUUCUUUCGAAUGCGUUCAGGAGAAGUGUUUAUGAUAAAGAAAUUGGGUUUUUUAUUAACCUUAAUCCUGUUGCUACUUCUCCUCCGCCUAAUAAUAACCCCAUUGGUUUCAUGCAGCAACCAAGUUCUGUGCUUUUUCAACAGGCACAGUCACAUCCAGUGAGUUCAAGCAGAGAGCAGCAGCGGACAGUGGCAUUUCUUCAAGACCCACAAAUGCAGCAGCAGUCAGUGAGUUCUGUGUCCAGCUUGAGUAGUAGAGAGCAGCAACAGACUGUAACAUUUCUGGGCAGAAACCAAACACAGCAGCCAGUAGUAAGCUCUACUAUGCUAAGUCCAGACAGAGAACAACAAAACCCUUUUACCUUUGGGUCAAGAGGGCAACAGCAGCAAGUAGCUUCUGUGGAGUCAAAAAGAGGGCAACAGCAGCAAGCAGCUUCUGUAGAGUCAAGAAGAGGGCAACAGCAACAAGUAGCUUCUGUAGAGUCAAGAAGAGGGCAGCAGCAGCAAGUAGCUUCUGUAGAACAGCAGCAAGGUAAUAAACAGGCGCCACAAAGAAAUGAGGGUUUGAUGGGUAACAACCAAAAUUACUCUGCUACUACUACAAGUAAAAAUGUGAACUUUGAGGCUUUGUUUGGGAAUAGUCAAAAUAAUUCUGCUAGUACUAGUAAUGUGAACAAUGAGGGUUUGUUUGGGAACAAUCAGAAUCAGCCUGCUAGUAAUAGUAACAAUGUGAACAAUGACGGUUUGUUUGGGAAUAAUCAAAAUCACUCUGCUAGUACUAGUAAAAAUGUGAACUUUGAGGGUUUGUUUGGGAACAAUCAAAAUCAUUCUGUUAGUACUAGUAACAACAAUGUGAACACUGAGAGUUUGUUAGGGAACAAUCAAAAUCGUUCUGCUAGUACUAGUAACAACAAUGUGAAGGGAAAAGAGGGGGGUGUAGGUGCGUCGAGUCAUGUUGUUCCUAGUUUCUGGACUGCAUGUCCUUAUUGUUAUGUGAUGUAUGAGUAUCCUUUAGAGUAUGUGGAUUGUACUUUGAGGUGUCAAAAGUGCAAGAGGGCGUUUCAGGCUGUAAAGAUUGCGUCGCCUCCGCCAAUUAUAGAGGGAAAAGAAGCUUAUUUCUGUUGUUGGGGAUUUAUGCCUUUAGGAUUUUCCUUGGACACUUUUAAGAAAUAUAAAGGUAAUAUCUCAAGCUGGACUCCUUUUGCACCUGUGUUUAAUAAACAUGGGGGUGUAAGAAAGCCCCCCGCUCCGAGGGUUUAUAUCGAUGAUGUUGUUGAGGAUGUGUUUUUGGAAUUAUCUGAGUCGAGCGAGGAGUCAGAUGAGGAUUGGAGGGGUGAUAAGAAGAAGAAGAAGGCGAACAGUGGGAAGAAAAAGAGUAGAAGGACGAGGAGAAAAAAAGCCAAGAUACAGCAAUCUGAUAAGGGAAAGAAUGUUGUAGGGAAUGCUGGUGACAAUGUGCAAGAUAUUUCAGCAGCUCAAGGGGGUGCAGAAAAGCCCAAUGUUACGGCAGCUCAGUCGAGCAAGAGAAGUAUUGCAAGUAACACAAGAAGGCAAGCUGGGAGGGUUACAAAAGACGUUGGAAAGUUGGAUUUGAAUGUGGAGUUCAGUAAUGAGGUUGAAGAGCCUCCUGCACCUGGGGUGGGCCAAGGGAAUGGAGAUGGAACGGGAGAGGAUGGCAACAUUGAAGGAAUUGAGUUUUUUGAAGGUCUUGAUGAAUUCCUAAGCAGUCUUCCUAUACUCAAUGCUGUGGGUGAUGAUAAGGUCAAGGCUGCCUAGCGAAGUAAGGCACUUCUUUUGUUCUAGUUGUAGCUUCCUUUUGCUUUUUGUAUGUUCUAGUAAGAAUGAAAAGCUACUUGGGCAUUGGCCUUGAUGUUUUCGUUGUAAUGUUAAUGUAUUGCUAGUUUGCUGAAGUAGCUGCAAUAAUUAGCUUAUUGCUCCGAUCUCCAUGCUGCAUCACAGCAUCAGUAAUCUUGGUUUUCUUUUCGUACAGCUAAAUCAUUUGUCUUCAACGUCCUACAUUUCUAUCUUUUAAGAUAUCGAAUGGGUCCUCCAGAGGGAGCCUUGUUUA